UCACGGAACCAAAACCUUCUCUCUUUCUCUCUAUCUCUCCAAACACGGACAUGCUAAAGCGACUCUACAGUGAGUUUGAAAGGCUUCAACCAAGAGUUUUUCUAUGUCAACGGAUAGGCUCAUUGUGGACAGAUUGCGGUCUGAUGAUGAUAAAAUGCAACCAAGGGUUGUGUCAACGUUGCCACGCAACAAUUCAUCAAUACAUGGCGCAGAACAUGAAUGGAUUUUCGAAGAGUUGCCGAAGGCGACGAUAGUUUCGGUUUCGAGACCGGACACCAGUGAUAUUAGUCCCAUGCUUUUGUCUUACACCAUUGAGUUACAGUACAAACAGUUCAAGUGGCGUCUGAGGAAGAAAGCUUCACAAGUUCUCUAUCUUCAUUUCGCUGUACAGAAACGUGCAAUUAUUGAUGAACUUCAUGAGAAACAAGAGCAGGUUAAAGAAUGGCUUCAAAGCUUAGGAAUAGUUGACCAUGUCGCAGUUGUUCAAGAUGCUGAUGAACCUGAUGAUGGAGCUGUGCCUGUGCAUCAAAGUGAAAGUGUUAGAAAUAGGAAUGUCCCUUCUAGUGCUGCUUUGCCGAUUCUUCGCCCAUCACUUGGACGUCAACCUACAAUUUCAGAGAAAGCAAAGGUAGCAAUGCAAGGUUAUUUGAAUCAUUUCCUGGGAAACAUGGAUAUCGUGAAUUCGAGAGAGGUAUGCAAAUUCUUGGAGGUCUCGAGGUUGUCAUUUGCACAAGAAUAUGGUCCAAAGUUGAAAGAGGGCUACGUUAUGGUGAAGCAUUUACCAAAAAACUCCAGGGAUGAGACUGAUGCAACAUGGUUUCCAGGCUGUUGCUUUGGUUGCAGCAACACUUGGCAUAAGGUCUGGGCUGUUCUGAAACCUGGUUUCUUGGCCUUGCUGGAAGAGCCUUUAAGCACCAAACUCCUAGACAUAAUCGUUUUUGAUGUUCUUCCCACCACUAAUGGCAAUGAAGGGUCAGGAGUAUAUCUAGCAAAGCAAAUAAAAGAAUCCAAUCCUCUGUGCUACGCAUUUAAGGUUUGUGGAAAUCGGACAAUAGAUUUGAGGACUACAAGUAAUGGUAAAGUUAAAGAAUGGAUUGGUGCAAUCAAUGACGCUGGUUUAAGACCUCAUGAGGGGUGGUGUCACCCUCACCGUUUUGGUUCCUUUGCUCCUCCAAGGGGUUUGACUGAAGAUGGAAGUCAAGCUCAGUGGUUUAUAGAUGGUCAAGCAGCUUUUGAAGCAAUUGCUUCUGCAAUAGAGGAUGCAAAAUCAGAGAUCUUCAUUACUGGCUGGUGGCUUUGCCCUGAGCUGUAUAUGAGACGCCCUUUUCGCAAGCAUUCUUCCUCCCGGCUAGAUGCACUGAUAGAAGCAAAAGCCAAGCAAGGUGUUCAGAUAUACAUUCUUCUGUAUAAGGAGGUUUCUAUUGCUUUAAAAAUUAACAGUAUGUACAGUAAGAAGAAGCUCCUUCAAAUUCAUGAAAAUGUCAGAGUGCUGCGCUAUCCUGACCAUUUAUCAACCGGUGUUUAUUUAUGGUCACACCAUGAAAAACUUGUCAUUAUUGAUUACCGCACUUGCUUCAUUGGAGGACUGGAUUUAUGCUUCGGCCGUUAUGACACACCUGAACACAGAGUGAGGGACUGCCCUCCUUUCAUGUGGCCUGGAAAGGACUAUUACAAUCCAAGAGAAUCUGAACCAAAUUCUUGGGAGGAUACAAUGAAAGAUGAACUUGAUCGCGAACAAUAUCCCCGUAUGCCAUGGCAUGAUAUUCAUUGUGCUCUUUGGGGGCCACCUUGUCGAGAUGUUGCAAGGCAUUUUGUUCAACGCUGGAACCAUGCUAAGAGAAACAAAGCUCCACAUGAACAAGCAAUUCCACUCCUCAUUCCUCACCACCACAUGGUUAUCCCUCACUACAUGGGAAGCCGAGAGAUAGACAUUGCAAGCAAGGACACAGAUAAGAAUCAGAAAGAUUUAAGCAGACAGGAUUCGUUUUCCUCGCGAUCACCAUGGGAAGAUAUCCCUUUGCUUUUGCCUCAAGAAGCUGAUAAACUAGUCACUUCCACCAUGGACCAAAAGCUAAAUGGCCUGCAUUCCAAUAAUCAUAAUCAUAAGUCAUCUGAGAUCAAUGGAUGUUGUACCUUAUCUUCCCAGAAGUACAAACCUGAAGCUUUCUCUCCAGAUAUGCAGAUUGUAGGAGUUCUGGAGGAUCUUGACUCUAUGGAUCUUCAGAAAAAAUUGAACUUAGAUUCUGUCCCAGAGCUUUGUUUCAAAGUAUCAGAUGAGUGGUGGGAAACCCCUGAGGAAGGCAAUCACGAUGUUCCUGCUGGCGAAUACGAACAAGUUGGUCCACGUAUUGCGUGCCGCUGUCAGAUUAUCAGAAGUGUCAGCCAGUGGUCUGCAGGAACAAGUCAAACUGAAGAAAGCAUUCAUAGUACUUAUUGUUCUCUCAUUGAGAAUGCACAACAUUUUAUUUACAUUGAGAACCAAUUUUUCAUUUCAGGUCUUUCAGGAGACGAAGUUAUACAGAACCGUGUCUUGGAAGCAUUAUACAAGCGUAUUGUGAAAGCAUACAAGGAACAGAAAUGUUUCAGAGUCAUUGUUGUCAUACCGCUAGUACCAGGCUUCCAGGUAGAAUUUUUUGGUUUUAUUUCUUAA